UAAAAAAGGAAGUAGCUGGUAGGAUUGAAGAAAGUCGAUCAGAAUCGAAGAAAUGGAGUUCCCUUUCGGUCACAAUCAUCACCAUAGGAACGAUGAUGAAGACAACCGAGAAAGGCCACCACCGCCGCAUCUCCAUCGCCAUGAGUUUCCUCCGCCGUCUCACCACUACCCGCCACCACCAAACUACCAGCAACCACCCGCUUUUGACGGACCAUUUCCCCCGACGCCAUAUCCACCAACGCCAUAUCCACCGGCACCACCAUACUUCCAGCAGCCUGCCUUUGACGGACCAGCACCACCAAACUUUCAGCAACCGGGCUUUCCGUCGCCCCCUCCGCACCAACCACCAACCCAUGGAACUCAUGUCCACCACCGGCCUGAACAUAGUUCAUUGAACUACUCUUCACCACCAUCUGUUACACAUGCUGCCCAUGAAAGUGGCCAUGGAAGGAUUGGUCAUCAUCAUCCUUCUGGAUCUCAUUUGCCAUCUGAAUUCCACAACAAACCUACUUUUAAAGUCUAUUGCAAAGCUGAUCCUAAUUAUCAUCUUACGAUCAGAGAUGGUAAAGUUAUUCUUGCUCCAUCUGAUCCCUCUGAUGAAUUCCAGCACUGGUACAAAGAUGAGAAAUUCAGCACAAGGAUUAAAGAUGAAGUGGGUUUCCCCAGUUUUUCUCUGGUUAAUAAAGCCACUGGUCAAGUCAUUAAACACUCUAUUGGAGCUUCUCAUCCUGUCCAACUGGUUCCUUACAAACCAGAUCUUGAUGAGUCUGUACUAUGGAGCGAGAGCAAGGAAGUCCAUGAUGGCUACAGAGCUAUAAGAAUGAUUAAUAACAUUCGCCUGAACAUCGAUGCUUUCCAUGGAGAUAAGAAAUCUGGUGGCAUCCACAGUGGUACUACUAUUGUGUUGUGGGAAUGGAACAAGGGAGAUAACCAGAUAUGGAGGAUUGCACCAUACUGAGGCUUGUAAUAAGGUGCUGCACCUUAUACAUCGAACCUGUAUCAUGCAUUCAGUCCAUGCCUGUAGUCGAUCUAUGGCUUCGAAGAGUUCUAUAUAUUAUCUUCUUCGGGUUUUUGUUGUAUGUUUCCAUUCCAUGUGUGUGAGAAUCUUUAUCGGUCUAGAGGCCUACUAAAACAUUAUACCAGUGUGUGCAAGAGAAUAAAGAACAUCUAUUGCAGAAA